AUUUAUACAGUCUAAUAUGGUCAUGUCUGAUAACAAUAUUGAAUGGGAUCACUCAGCGUCCAGUUACUACCAAGUGAAACAACAGACUGCGUCAGUCUGGGCUCACAGCUGUAGGUUCAGGCUCGCUCUUCCUUCCAGUCCGGAGCAAAACGACAACGUUUGGACAGUCGAUUUCCUUGACAGUGCAACCUGUUAACCAGCAUCAUGGUGAACUGCUGUGGUCUGCUUACUGUACAAAAGGAACCAGUUCCUUUGAAGAGUGUGGAUGUGGAGCUGGAGGUGAGGGACCAUGUAGCUACUGUUGUCUCCACUCUGAACUAUGAGAACAAGGAAGACAAACCACUAGAGGCUGUUUUUGUCUUCCCUCUGCCUGGAGAUGCUGCGGUCUGUCACUUUAGUGCUAAGCUCAGACAGACGCAGAUUGUUGCUGAGGUCAAAGAGAAACAGAAGGCGCGUGAGGACUACGAUGAUGCUUUGAGCUCGGGUCAACAGGCCUUCCUUUUGGAGGAGAGUGAGCAAAGUCCAGAUAUAUUCUCUAUGAGUGUGGGCUGUCUUCCACCAGGAGAGAGUGCCUCAAUCAGACUGGAGUAUGUCACUGAGCUAAGUGUGCAGGCUGAUGAUGGGCUGAGGUUCUGUCUUCCUGCUGUGCUCAACCCUCGUUACCAACCUCAAGGAAGUGGAGGUAGUGGAAGUGGCAACGCCAAAGUAACCUCAACUCCAGCAUCUUUGGUGCCCUACACUCUGUCUUUCUCUGCCCAAGUAUCCUCUCCUCGUCCUGUGUCCAGAAUAGAGUCCGGCUGUUCCCUUGAUCCUCUUCAGUACCUCAAUUCAGAGCAAACCAAAGCCACGAUCAAGUUGGCUGCUGGACACAAGUUUGACAGAGAUGUUGAACUUCUGAUUUAUUACAAAGAUGCCCACCAGCCCACCGCUGUGGUGGAGACAGGAGAAACCUCUGCAAAGCUUGGCACUCUGAUGGGUGAUCCAGUGGUGAUGCUGAGUCUGUACCCAGAGUUCCCUCAGGCUGUGAUGUCUUCAGUCGCCUCAUGUGGAGAGUUUGUGUUCUUACUGGAUCGAUCUGGUAGUAUGGGUCAAUCUAUGAACAACAGCAAGACUAACCAGACUCGCAUUAGCAGCGCCAGGGAUACUCUACUUCUCCUGUUGAAGAGCUUACCAGUGGGCUGCUAUUUCAAUAUCUACAGUUUUGGUUCCUCCUAUGAACACAUCUUCCCUAAGAGUGUGGAGUACAGCCAGCAGACUAUGGAAGAAGCUUUGAAGAAAGUUGGGGAGAUGGGGUCUAAUCUGGGAGGAACAGAGAUCCUUAGGCCACUUCAACACAUUUACAACCAGCCCUGCAUUCAAAAUCAACCAAGACAAGUAUUUGUCUUUACUGACGGAGAAGUGGGGAACACCAAACAAGUUAUAGACCUGGCAAAGCAGAAUUCACAUGCCCACAGAUGUUUCUCUUUUGGGAUUGGAGAAGGGGUCAGCUCUGCUCUAAUCAAUGGGCUGGCCAAGGAAGGAGGAGGUCAUGCUCAGUUCAUUGCAGGGACUGACAGAAUGCAACCCAAAGUGAUGCAAUCCUUGCGAUAUGCUCUGCAACCAGCUGUGGUGGACAUCUCAGUCACAUGGGAUAUGCCAAAGGAUGUGUCUGUCACUGUCCUCUCUCCACCAAUCACAGCACUUUUCCAGGGUCAAAGGUCACUGGUUUAUGCUAGACUCUCUGGACAGAUUUCAGAAGCAGCAGAGGGAUGUGUUACAGUGAAAUACAGCCUGGCAGGUCAUCCCACACAGAACCAGCUCCAGUUCAGUCUGAAACCUGCAGAGGAUACUGGAUUAACAGUCCACAGGUUGGCUGCUAGGACUCUGAUUCGCUGCCUGGAGAUGGAGCAGAGAGGGCCCAGACAACAGCAGGACGACAGUGUGAAGAAGAAGGUGGUGGAGCUCAGUGUGCAAUCUGGAGUGAGCAGUGCCUUCACUGCCUUUAUCGCUGUCAACAAAGACAAUGGCGAGGCGAUACAGGGACCACUGGUGCGAAGAAAUGUUCCAACGGCCAGGCGUAUGGCCUGUGCAAGGCCUUUAUCUGUGCCUUCACGUCUUGCUCAUCACUGUGAAAUGAUGAGAUCGGCACGUAAAACGACAACGUCAUACGUUCCCAACUCCGUACAGAUGCAUAGUAGGGCUCUACCAGAGUCAUCAGGUGGCAUCUUCUCAAUGGGCUGUCAAGCACUGAUGAGGUCGGAAUGUAUUGAGUCAAAGUCAUCCGGUCCUGACUCUGUACAGAUGGAUAGUAUGGCUCUACCAGUGUCAACAGGAAAGAUGCGUUUGCAAUCUUUUAAACGAGGGAUCCUUGGUUCCAAGGCAAAAAAGACAGAGAGUCGCGUGGAGGAAUCUAAAUCUGAAUCUAAAUCUGAAUCUGAAGAGUGCGGACCCUGUCAGCCCUCCAUGGACCCUUUGCUUCAGGUGGUCUCCCUUCAGAAGGCGUCUGGCUCCUGGGACCUAGUUCCAGCUCUGGCUACAGCUCUUGGAAAGACCAGUGAAGAGAUGAAAAAGCCAAAGCCUGCAUCGGUGAACCAGGAAGUAUGGGCCACCAUUCUGUCUCUGAUCUGGCUUCAUGGUUUCAAGAUAGACGCCCAGGAAGAGUGGGAGCUUCUGGCAAGGAAAGCUGUGUCGUGGGUCUGUGCACAGAACUCACCAUGUGUGAACGAGUGUGUGGAAGCUGGAAAUGCACUUUUGGGAUGUCAAGUACAGAAAGAUGCCUUGGGGCUCUGAGGUUUUCAAAACUGGCUUCAAGACUGACACUGAUAAGGAAUUAAAUCAUGUCACACUUGCAAACAAA